AUGUACUCCUACAGUGCAAUUAACGGGGUCCUGACAUGCGCAGACCCGUAUAUCCUCCAGACUAUUGUGCGGGAGCAUUGGAAUUGGACAGGGAGCGGACAAUAUAUGGCCUCGGACUGUGACGCUAUCGAGAACGCUGAUGCGUAUCAUCAUUAUACGGCGACAGGACUGCAAGACGUGGCCGAUACAUUAAUAGCUGCAUUGGCCCUCCAAGCCGCGGAAGAAGCCAUCGUCCUCAUUAAGAACGACGGUGUUCUCCCAAUAUCAUUGCCCGCAGACACCAAUACCAACAUCGCUAUAAUAGGCGGCUGGGCUAAUGCUACCACCGAAAUGCUAGGUAGUUACUCGGGCAUAGCACCAUAUCUACAUUCACCACUGUACGCACUACAGCAGCUUCCUCAUGGUAAUGUCCUUAGCAGCAAUGAGUUUGGAUCACCCAACACCUGGUAUUGGAAUGAUGCCCUAGCUGCAUGCAAGGCAGCCGACUUCAUCAUAGUAGCGGAUGGGAUCAGUAAUAGCGACAAGGCUGAAGAACAUGACCGAUAUACCAUUGCCUGGCCGGCGACGACUCUCGAACCCAUCAAUUUAGCUGCAUCGCUGGGGAUACCCAUUAUUGUGUUUCAAAUGGGAGGCGGUCAGCUGGACGACAUUGUGCUGUUGUCGAAUCCCAACGUCUCCGCGGUCCUCUGGGGAUGGUACUUAGGUAUGGCUGGCGGCGAUGCCCUUGUCAACAUUAUUACCGGUGAAGUUGCGCUUGCAGGACGCCUCCCCAUUACGCAGCAUCCCGCAAACUACGUCAACCAAGUGGCUAUCUCGGAUAUGGGCCUUCGACCGAACGCGACGUCCGGCAACCCUAGACGUAUCUAUAAAUGGUACGACAACGCGUUGCGACCACUCCAGCGCCUCUUGGCCGUCAAGGGCGGAGCCACAUCCACGGCAACCUUGCAGCUCACGCUAGACAGUCUAGCCCGUCAUGACGAACAGGGCAACACAGUCCUAUACCCUGGCGACUACGGAUUGUUGCUUGACGUGCCCACGCAAGCGGUGCUGAACUUCACACUCACCGGCAGUCCGGUGGUGUUGGAUCAGUGGGCCGCAACCACCAACCUAGGUUCAAUGGAACGGUCAGCAACGCAUGCAUCGACAUUAUCGUGGAUGAGUCCGGAUUAG